AUGCCAUUGAGGAGCCCAGCAGGAUUCCUGCUGCUCUUGCUCUCUCAGUGCACUGUGUCCCUGGGCACCAAAGAGGCAGUGGUCCUGGCUAAUGCCCACCUCCUCCCCCAGAGAGACUAUGAGAGACUGGGAAACGCCCAUGAGAAAGACUACCCAAGGGAUUGUUUUGAGAUUUUAAAGCACUCCAAAGGAAAUUCUAGGGAUGGCCUUUACAUCAUCCAACCAAAAGAGGAACCAAUUGUUGUCUUUUGUAACAUGCAGGAUGGUGGCUGGACAGUGAUCCAGCACAUUACAGCCAACAGCACUGUCGACUUUGACAGGGACUGGCAGGACUACAAAUAUGGAUUUGGCUCUGUUCAUGAGAACCACUGGUUAGGAAAUGAAUACAUGCAUCAGUUAACAGGCAGCUCAGUGCAAUAUAUACUCGGGGUUAAACUUGUAAAUCUCAAUGCUGAAGUCAGAUGGGGACAGUAUGAGCCAUUCCUGAUUGAGGGGGAAGAGUCUCAGUAUCGGAUCAGGGUUGGUCUUUACAAAGGCAACGCCACGGACGCGCUGACCCUGGACACAGAAGCUUACCUCCAUGACAACCAGAAGUUCACCACCAAGGACAGAGACAACGACAAUUACUUUCUGAAUUGUGCUAAGCUGGAGCUCAAUGGCGUUCCCGGGGGAGGCUGGUGGUACGACGCAUGCGCUGGAGCAAACCUGAACCGCAGGAACGCGAUAUACUGGCAAAAAGACUGCAGCAAGCAACAGCCCUGCAAGUUUGCAUGGAUGAUGGUCAAACCCAUCGAGCACCUCCAGUCGUCCCCUGCCAAGGCCUGCCCCUGUCAGAAGGUUGAACUGUAG